AUGAAGGUCCUCCUAAUCUUACUGCUGGUCCCAGCCCUCGCCUUGGCCGAUGAUUUGGCUGCCGCCAAAAAGACCUUUACCACACUGGUCACCGACGACUUGACCGACGCUUUCGUCACCAAGGCCCUCGUUUCCAUCUAUAACAGCUCGCGGGAAAAGCUCAACUUCAAGGCGGCUGCGAAUGGUAAGAAAUUUGCGAAUCCUUGAACUGAUUACAGCCGUCAUCGAUGCGGUGGAGGACGACGUGGUGUCGCAGAGCAAGUUCUAUUCGCCCGCUCUCGCCUUCUACAACCAUGUCAGCAACAUGAAGACCUUUGAGAAGGAGUUCAUCGCCGCUGCAACGCCCUCGCUCGGCGGCGCUUACAGAAAGUUGUUGAAGCGCGCUCCAAAGACCCAAUUGGCCUACUCAAAAGCCGUCAAGCAGCUGAUUACGAAGAAGGUGGGCAAACAACUGCUAACCAACGUGAAGAAGGCGCUCUCCGCAAACGACUGGAAGUAUUUGGUCAACGAUUUCUAUAGUGUGGUCAAGUUCGGCCAGUACGGUAUCUCCAAGGUUGCAUAA